GAUCAUAGAAAUCGAUCUUCAAAUUUUAACGUCCCUGACAUUUCUAACCUAUAAGAAAGAUCGUCGCGGUAUAAGAAAAAAUUUCUGAGACGAUCCCUCUAAUAGAGUUGCCCGACAAGACCGCGAGUGAGGUUAGACAGCGCAAAGAUGUCAGCAGAAGAACAACCUGAAUUUCGACUGGGACCGGAUCCUAAUGUCACUUAUCCUAUUCGCGUUCAAUAUUGCGGAAACUGUUCGCUACCUAUCGAGUACUGCGAGUAUUAUCCGGAGUAUGACAAAUGUAAGCAAUGGCUAGAAAGGAAUUUGCCUACUGAAUUUGAGAAGAUAAAAUUAGCUACAGAGGAUGGCUCUACCGAAGUCAGCACAGGAGAGGAUGAGAAGAAGCGGCAGAAGCGAGGUGGUAAAGGUAUGCUGAAAACCAAGAAGAAAGAGGAUAUACCACGAUUAAUAACCAUCUCUAGAGCACCCAGAGGAAAGAAGAAAUCUGUUACAGUUGUAACUGGCCUUAGCACUUUCGAUAUUGACUUGAAGGUAGCAGCAAAAUUUUUUGGCAGUAAGUUUGCUUGUGGAUCCAGUGUGACUGGAGAUGAUGAAAUUGUCAUACAGGGAGACGUCAAAGAUGAUUUAUUUGAGGUGAUACCUGAAAAAUGGCCACAAAUUGAUGAGGACUCCAUAGAUGAUCUUGGGGAUCAAAAGAGAUAAUAAGGCUAUCCACCAUUACACACGCACAAUAAUUUAAUUAUACACUAUUUCCAGUCAUGUUUAUUAUAUAAAUAAAAUGUACA